AAAGAUAUUCCAAAGCAGCAGUGGAGCUAGGUCAGAGGUAGAGCAGCAAAGCAAGGUGUAGGUAGAGCUGUGUUCUCCUUCAUGUGGUGACCAAAAGAAGCCACUGAGCACUUUCCUCUUCAUGGGGGGUGUCCAUAUGACUCCCCAGAGAAGCAGCCUGUUGUAGAUCACUCUUAUGCUGGCUCUUAGUGGCUCUUCAGGCUUCAAUCUUCAUUCUCUGCCUGGCAUGAAGCAUUUACCUGCUCUGUAAACAAAUUCAUCCCAUUUCACCUGGUGGAGGAAGCUGCUGCUCAGCCCCACCAUGGCAAAACUCGCUUUAUUUCCUCAUAUGAACUCCCAAAGCACAUACUGAUCUAAGGGCAGGACGUACUUGCAGGCAGUUGUCUAGCACAAUGCUCACCCUGCAGAAGCACAGGGAUUUUGCAAUAAAGUGAUUGUGCUUUCUGUAGUUAGGAAAUACUGGAAGGCAAGUUAAGAAUCUCUCUCCUGAAGCCAUUUUGCCAGAGUGCUCACUUGCUGUAGGCAAUGCCUCGUUUCCUCAUUGGCCUCAUCAAGAAAGCUAAAUGCUCUAAUUAAACUAUUACAGGCUGGUCUCUUGCAUUAGAAACAUCAAUCCCAUUAGAUCUUUUUACCAUCCAUGAAAGUGUCUCCAGCCUCCACAGUUUUCUGCUCUUGCAGCCCCCUUGGCAGUAGGAUGGCACCCUCCUGAGGGCAUGGACUUUGUUCAAAGGCAGAGGUGAGGCUCCAAUUGCUUUUUUAUAUCUUUACCUGGGAAAACCUAAGCAAAGUAUCAAAGAGUACCACUUCCAUCCUCACACCCACUUCCCCUCUGUAAGCUCUUGCACUUCUGAGUUGAAUGGAGGGACGUUGUGGGGUUAUUUUUGGUUUGUUUGGCUUUUUUUCAGAAAUAAAAUACUAUUUGUAGCUCCUUGGAGGUUGCUGUGUGGCUGAAAUACUCAAAGCUCAGGCUGCAAGCCAAGUUACAGAUACUCAGAUCUGUAUUCUGACUUCUGGUGAAUGCAUUCCAGUUAGAAAACAAUGACCUGUUUUGCAAUAUUCCUCUUAAAACUGUUCUGAGCAAAGUUCUUAGAUUGGCUUAAUGAUUUUAUUUUUUUACUUUUGGUUAAGUCCUUAAGUGAUAGAAUAACUCAUCAGACCUUUUCUGAAAGAAGAAAGAGGCCACCUAGUGCUGAAUUAUAGGCAGCUGCAGAAAACAAUCUUGGAAGGUAAUAAAGCCUAACUUCAGUGUAAUAGUUACACUAUUUGAGGGUUGAGUUUUUUUGUUGUUUGUUUGGGUUUUGGUUUUUGUGUGUGUGUUUUUUGGUUUGUGUGUGUUUGUUUUUUGUUGUUCUGGUUUUGAGGUUUUGUGUGUGUCUGUCUUUGUUUUUUUCUUUUUAACCUAGUUACAGUGAGAGCAGAGUUCAGGUGUGCAUCACUUCCCCAAAAAAAUUCUACAUAAAAGUAAAAGGUAGAAUAGAAGACAAGGUAAGAUUCCAUUUAAGGUCACACAUUGAUAAAAUCAGUCUGGUUCUGUGUUUUUGAGGCAUUAAAUUGUUGUUUUCCAGACCAGGUGAGAGUAGCAAAAAAAAAACUAUUACUUUUUCAAAAGUUGCAUCACUUUGGAGAAAAAAACCCCCAUAUUUAAAGGAUUCCAUGUGCCAAACUCCACAGGUGUGAUAAUUGCUUGAUAGUUAAAUGAAAUCUUUAAUAUAUCUGGAAAAUUCUUGUGGCAGUUUUGUGGGGCAGUUCCAGACCUUUUCCAUAUUUCAGUAGAAGCUCUAACUCAGUUUGGCACCUAUGUGGGUAUUCAGUGAAUUUCAGAGCAAAGCAGUUUGUUUUCUAUUUGCUGGAAUCUGAGUUAGUCAGAAGAGGAGGAGCAGCCCCCAGCGCAAGGUUUUGGUUCUUCCCAGUUAUUUGGCUCAUAGCAGGUCUGUCCCAGGUGUCCUGUUAGAGAUGUCCUCUGUCCAUGUAUAGGACAGCUCACAUAGGAUACUGUUAAGGUUAAGGUUAUUCUCUCUGCCUGUCUAAUUUCUGAAAUGCCAAGAUUUUAAGACAGGAGGGAUGUUUGUAAUUAUCUGCUCUUAUCUCCCACACAGGAGCUUCGUGACUUAAGUCUUGCUCCAGCCAGGACUUGUGGUUGGACUUAAUCAGUGGUUUUCUACCUCUUUGUAGACACAAGUCCAUUAAAAAAAAAGAAGUCUGAUGAAAGUGCAAGCCCAACAGAGUAGGAAAAGGCUGUUGUUUUAGGGUUGUUCUUUGUAGACCCUUAGAAGGAGCCCACUGGUCUGCAGGGACCACAGACAAGAGACUGCAAACCCCUGAGCUGUGUUUUCCAACAGAUUGGAAAACCCUGACCUGUGUGAUUGAAUAAGAUUGUGCCAUGCUGACAACAAAAGUGCCUGUGCCAAGGUGCACACAGGCAAACCCAGAUGUUUUCAAGCCAAAAGGUGUCACAGGCACUAACACUGACCCUCUUACGUCUGCAGAGCGGGGCCUCCGCCCAGAACCAUUGAUAUCCGUAUCAUUUGCAAACCAGUUCAGCUGAUGAUGGAGAAGGAAAACACUGACUGCAUGGAGGUCAUCAAAAGCUCUCAGAAAUACUUCAGGUAAAUCCACUGGUCUCUGCUGGUAAUGAUCUGUCUGGGAGGAAAUGUUGUUUGUGGCUCGUUAACUUUGUUAGCAGGCAGCAGGCAACUGUACCCUCAUGUCCCCUUCCAAAACACACUCUGGGAAUAGAGCACUAUAAUUCGAGUCCACAAAUGAUGUGUUAAACAUUGUGUUCAUUGCAGGGAGCAGUCCCUCCCCUGGGGAACUUCUGGGCUGCAACUGAGCAGUGGACUCCUCUUCCCAAUGUCUACAGUCCCAAGCAGCAAAUUUGUGGCAUCUUUCAGUUGUACCUUUAAUAAAAGCUGUUCCAUCCUCAAUCAAAGUAAAAGGGUUACUUGAGUAAAUAAAUAGCACAUGGUAGAAUUAUCAGCAGCUCUCCUUUCCCAGUGCUAAGUUCUGCCUGCAGAGUCCUCUAGUGUUUGCUGUUAUGUUCAGUUGAGGAAAUGUUCGUAAACCCUUUAGUUACAGGAACUAGAGGAAUGCCCCAGAACUUUCCUGAUAAGCUUCAGAAUUUCCCAGUAGUAUUAAUGGCUUAACUUUCCACACCUGAAGAAAUAAUACAGAUAAAAAUUGCACACAGAAUGAACACACAAUACCAGAACAAAAAUACAUUUCAGCCAAGAGGGAACGUUCUUCUGGACAGUUCUUUUUAACAAGACACUACCAGGUUUUUUUCCCAUUUCCAACAAAAACUAAAGCUAAUCUUGAGGAAUCUGAUGCUGCCCUUUAGUUUCAUUCGUGACAGUAAGUCCUGAUGAAUGGGAGAAGCACCCAAAGCUUCACUUUGCUUUCCCUUUCCCCUGCUUUGCUGUGAUGCCAGCCUGCUACCAAAGCUGUCUACUGAACCUUAACCACCCCUGCUGUGAGUGGGGCUUGAGUCAGUCAUCCUGGUUAGUAACGAUCUCAUUGGUUCUACUUUUCUUUUUUCCCCACCUUUUCUACUUUGCAUACUUUUUACCAUCUCUCCAACUUCCUAUCUGACUCACAGCUCUUACAGAGCUUUCACAUCACAUUCCUCAGAGCCGAGGGUAGAUUUAGGGUCUGAUUUUGUCUUUUGGCCCCUGUGCCGUGGCCACUUUCCUUCUCCUGACCUUCCUUUGUUUCAGUAGAACUGGUUAAGCUUUAUUUUUGUUUUCCUUUUGAUAGAAAACACCUUUUGCUGAGUGAUUUUAUUUUUUUUUACACAGGUUGCAUAUGCUCAGCCCCAAGACUUGGUUUUCUACACUGAGUUUCUUCAGAAUUUGUUAACAUUGUCCUCUUCCUUCCCUCAAACCCUGUUACACAAAUGCCAGGAACAUCCCGGCACUGCUCUGAUCAUAUGUAACUGUUACAGGACUUAACACUGGGAUCCUGCCUUGUACUCCACUAAACAAGCAAAUCACCUCCUUUGCCUGUCAGAGGUUGCUGCCUGAUUUACUCAGUGGGAAGCUGUGGCUUCUUUCUUUCCUUCCUCCAUUUCAGCAUCAGAAACUGAAGUUUCUUGCUGUUGGAAAGGUUUUGUAAUACCAGGAAAGCCAGUAACUCUUCUUUUAGAAGAAAAAGUGUGGGUGGGCUGUCAAGGCACCUUGGACCACCAGCAUCAAAUCCUCUUUCUCCCUUUUCCAACAUGUAGAAAACAGCUUCUAACAGAGCUUCCUCAGGGAAGAGAAUCCAGUCCAAAAGGCUUGCAAUUUUCUUACUUUUUGGCAUAUACAUUUCUUUAAACUGGUCCACUGAGAUAAAUCCAAGGAAAACCCUAGAUCAACCAUUAUGCCUGCAUCUAAAUUUGUCCCAGGCUCUGGUACUGGAGAAGAAGACACCUCUGCAGAGAAUCUUUCUUUAGGACCUCCUAACUGUCUUUCUGUACUGGAAACCUAGUAGUGUCCAAGAUUUCUGACCUAAUAGCUUUCUAAAGGUCAGUUCUUUUUUUUUUCAGAGCCUUCUAAACUUCUUGUGUGAGUCCUAAAAAGCGAUUCUUUGUGUAGGUGUAAAUCUGUGAAUGUUCCUCUGGUUCCCUGCACAGACUGCACAGAAAAACUACCCCCCCCCCCCCAAAAUUAUGCUGUGAGAAACCUGUGAUGUAGUUCCUGAAGAGCUGGUCAGGUGUUGCAUCAGUGUAACCCUCUAAAGGUUUUGCUGCAGGCCUUAAGCCUCUAAACAAGUAUUUAUCUCAUUCUCAACAAUGUUCUUUGGGACACCAUCCAACACAGUCAGUGGCAGUGUUUCUUUUUCUUUCUCCCUUCAGGUGUCAGGUCACAGGUUUUCCUGUCACUUGUUUUCUUGAUGAAAGGGAAACUUGCUGGGAGAACCUGGGAGGGGAAAAGAAAAAAAAAAAAAAGUCUGCUGUUACAUUUACCUUCUGAUGGAGGGAGGGAGAGGAACUGGUCAGUGUUUGUUUUUGAUCUGGCAGCCAACAUGUUCUUGGUUAUGUUCCAAUUUCUUGGAGCUUUGUCUUAUACAGUCAGAAAACUCUCCCUAUUGAGCAACAGUUUUAGGCCUCCUCUAGAGCAUGACUACCUUGGAAAGGUCCAGCUUGAGCACAGAGUAGCUACAGGGCAAAAGGACUGCAAAUCUGACAUCUGCCUCGGGCUGAUCUGUGGUAGAUCUGCUGGGAGCAGUUUGGAGGAGAUGACACUGUGGUCCAUGCCUGGUUGCUGCACUGUGCUCAGCUGAGAGGUCUCCAACACCAGUUAAGGAGAACUGUGCUCACCAGCUCUGGUGCUGGGAAAGCAGAGCCCCAGAUGAGUGGGAACACUUUCCAACUACAGCUAUGUGCAAGUCAAAGUAGGUCCAUGGACUGUGGUGGGACAGGGGCCUGGGAAGAAGGAGGAAGUAUCAGUCUGACCUUUACGUUCUGCUUCAGAAGAAACUCCUUUAUCUUGAGAACUCCUCCUCCCCGUCCUCCACCCUUUCAGUGAGGUCACUGUAGCUGAGGAAUGUGUACAUGACUUUUGGGAGAGAGAAAAACACCUCACUUCCACACCCAAAAAUAGCCCUUAGAGACUACACUUUCCUAAGACUUAAUAGCAUGUCACCUGUCAGUAUCCUGAUAAGUUAAUGGACGAUUAAAUAGGAUCUUCUGUUCCUAGUACUCCUCCCUAGUCUUGUCUGGAUCUGCUUCCAGCUUCUAAGAGGCUACCAGAAGCUCAGCUUUAUUGUCUUGAGGGGCUUCAGAGUCCAUGGGCAUUCCCCUUGUCUUGACAUUAUUACUCUCAGUGUGAUCCUUGAGGAGGCAUCAGGGAGCAAGCUGGGAGCUGGUCAAGCUUGGCUUUCAAUGUCCUAUGAACAUGUGCCAGCACCCCACAGCUGAUGGACUAACUGCUCCCAGUCUGAGCCUGGAAUUACAAAUUCCAGGGGAGACUAGUGGGUGAGGAAACGAAGGAGGUGAAGGAGAUGUAGCUUUGGGUUGUAUGUUGGAGAACAUCUGCCUCUUUCCUCACUGCACUCAGUCUCUGGAAGGGAUGUAGCAAGAACUCUGUGUUCUGCCUGUGUUGGGGCACAUCAGCUCUGAGGGCUGAGGACACACACACCUAGACAUCCAGCUUCUUGCAAUAACCACACAUCGUUUUUAUACUGUACUAGUCCUGCUGGUGAACCAAACAGGUGCAAAGUCUGGAGUUGCUCUGCACCACAAAGUGCUACUCCAGGAGAGUCUCAGGUUAGGUAGAUCACUUAGCAGCUAUCCCUGUUUCAUACAGGGGGCAACAGAAAGUUGAAGUUGCCCUCUCAAGCUGUGUGUCUGCAUUCCAGGCAUAUCCCAGCCUUCCACGGGCUCCUUGGUGGCUGCUGGUGAGGAAGAUGAUGGAAGCUGGUCAGCAAUGAGUCUGUGUCAGGCUCAGGGUGGAUGUUUGUAGUUCCAAGUUCCCUGAUCUGUCUGGCAGACCCUAUGGUCUCUGCUUUAAACUGUGUAAGAAUGCUCUGAAAACCAUCAGACAGUGAAAUGAUGCCAGUAACACCAUUUAUCUCACCUGCUUUUACAAGGCAGUGAGAAAGGAAAGUUUGUCUGUCUAGAAAUUCUGACAAUUCUUUUCUUUAGAAGCACUAUGAAAAGCUGAUGUAUUUAUUUUAUUUUUAGUUUAUGAUAGUAAAUUUUUUCCUGAUAAAUUUUCUUGGAGCAACCUGGUCUGGUGGGAGGUGUCCCUGCCCAUGCAGGGGGAGUGGGACCAGAUGAUCUUUAAGGUCCUUUCCAACCCAAACCAUUCUGUGAUUCGAUGAAACCCACCUAAUUAAAAUAUAUUUAUUAACUACAUCAAGGUAUUUAAUGACUUUAUCACUGCAACAACAUUAAACUCGAUAUGUUUUUAGUUCUACUGGACUGAAAGGAACAUUAACAUUGAAUUCAUAUAACUCGAACAAAUAAUUUAUGUAGAGAACAGAUACAAAAUUAGUGCUGACAGAGACCCAGUCCACAACUCCACCAAGUUACUGCUCUUUUGGAGAAUUGUUCUGUGAGUAAAGUUCCAGCCAGUUCUAACAGCAUCAGCAGGAAUGGGGCUCGUGGGCUUUUCCCAUCAUUCUUAAGUCUCUAGGGCAAUUCAUUUUUAUAGGAACAUAGAAUUAGGAGCAUCUUUUAAUGAGAAGUGCCACAGCUUUUCAUAGCAAGGUGGUAAAUACAAACAGAAAAUUCUGAAGCAAGAAAAACAUCUAGUUGGGGGGGUUUGGUUUGGCAACUGCCAGUUGUUUUUGGCGAGUAGUUUCUGAAUUCAGCCUUGAAACUGCCACGGGGAUGGUGUUACUGGGAGCUGCCCGUGCCCUGUAAGGGAAGGGCAGAUAAUUGGUUUCUCCACAACACUUCUCCUCUGCAAUUGCCUUGGGUCCAGUCAUGUGGCUGCAGGGCAAGAGGGACUGUUUUGGUAUUCCCUGUGGAAACACUCAGACUGUCUUUUCCUGGAGGUGAUGAAAUCCUGAUCCUGCAGUGCCAGUUCUGUUUGCAGCUUUCUGGUGUGUGCUUUUGUUUGCUGUUCCCCAGCCUUUAAGUCAUUUCCACAGGGCCAGGUUGGGUUAUUACUACACCGGGGAAUUCCAGCUCUCAGGUGAAUGAGUGGUUCUGACCUGACAGUUAUUUCUGGUCUUUUUUGCCCGUUUCUUUCCUGGAACCCCCCCCCUUGCCCUCUCCCUGACUUUGGCAUUCAUUCAGUGAUUAUCUGUGACCUUUGGAAGUAUUUUCUUGCCAAAAGCCUCACCAAAUUCUCCUUACCAGCUCAGUAACAAUGUCCCUCAGUCAAUCCAGUGCUUGAAAUAGUAGUGAUUAUCAGUUUUGGUUUAAGCUGCUUUCUGGCCACAACUUGGUACGUGCCUUCAUACAAUAUUAUUGAUCAUCUAUGAUUCCCUACUGGAUUUCUAAUCCACAUUUUCUAUGGAAGGACACUAUAUUUUACCUAUGACAGAUUGAAACUCAGCCCCAAGCCCUGGGUUGCAGUUCAGAGCUCUGGUUCUGAAUGUGUCCAGUGACUCUGCUUCUGAACUUAAUCUUGUUUCCUAGUUGUUCUUCAGAUAAACUGGAAUUCCUAUCACAUUUCAGCCCUUCAGACAGUAAGGCAGCUGAUUGUCUUUCCUCUACUUGCAGUCCCAAGAACAGCUUUUAAUUCCAAAGCUUAACUUUCUGGUCCUGACAGCCAUCCUAAUGAAUCUGCAUGUUUAUUGGUGUCUUUUCAAGAUUAAAGGGGAGCAUUGUACAUAAGCAAUCAUUAAUUCUGUACUCAGUAAACUUGGGAACACUGAUGGAUUUGGGGUUUUUUGCACAUUGUUUAAUUCAGAAAACUCUACAGAGAGCCUUUCUGGAAGGUGUACAAUAUACAGAAAUACUGCUUUAUCAACAGUGAGUACAAAAUGUCUUCACAACGUGCUCACAACUCAUCCCACCACCUUCACAGGGAGAUCAAGUACUCAGUGGGAAAGUCCACUUGAGUCUGAGAACUGAAAGGUGAGCAAACUUCCCUGUGAUCAGCAUCCAGAAGGUCUAUAUAGCAUAGAAGCAUAGAAUCAUCCUGGUGGGAAGGGACCUUGAAGAUCAUCAAGUCCAACCAUAAACAGGCACGUGAGACCUGGGCAGAAGCAAGGACGUUAGAUCACAGGAAAGAAGGGGUUUUCAUGAGUGUUUGGAACAAUAUGUGAGAGUUUUCACAGACUGCAAAGAGCUGCUUGAACAAAUUGUUCAUUGUGUAAUGUGAGGUUCAUUUCUGGUGGCGUUGCUAUCAGAGGUUGCACCAGUCAGAAAGUCUGUAUCUUGAGAAUCCUAGGGAGUAAAAUCUGGGAGGGUUAUAAUUAGCAAUGAGCUUAAUGACCAACUAAUCUUGAUGGCAAUGGAAACUUCCUGAUUAAGAACAUUGUAGCAGCUUAUACAAGUUAUUUCUUUUGGUUUACACAUUCUACUCUCAGCAGCCUGUGUGCAUCUGUGGUCUUGUAUGAUUUUUAUGGUUCUUCAAACAAACUAUCUUUAAUUAUAUUGCAUUGACAUCACCAUUUAAGUUUCCCUCCUAUAUGUACACACGGUAAGAAAAUCAAUGUCAGAAGCAGAAAUGAACCUAAAAGAGCAAACAAACUCCUAUAACUGGUGUUGCUACAUUUAGGAAGACAAGAUUGAGACACAUACCAGCCUUGACCUGAAUGCCACAGUGAUCAUGAUGAAAGAGGACAAGAAUGUGUGCAGCUCCCACAGGAGCUGACACUGAACACUGCCAGAUGGCUCUCCAGCCUCUGCGUUUCAGUGGUGAAUCUGCUCCUGCCACCCACCUUUCCUCAGCAGCACAAACACCAAGAUAUUUGUCUUCUUUACAAGGAUGUCUUUUAUUUUAUCUACUGCAGUGUCACAGCAGAGGUGUCAGAGAAUGCAGGAACUGACGUGCAUUGUAUGUAUGCAUCAGGGUCUUCUAAAAAAAUAGGCAAGAAGCACCCCAAAGUAUGUAAGUCCUUUCAGUCUUUAUAUCUUUAGGUGACUGUUGGGUUGCAGUUUUUGUGAGAGCAAGUUUUCUUCUGAGAAGUUCAGGAUAGAUAUGUAUAUGUAUAAAUAUAUAUAUUUAUAUAUAUAUUUAGUGGAAAGUAUCUUUUCUUGGCCAGCUUAAGAACCCAGCAGGAGGUGGGAGUUAGCACCUGUAAAAUAUCUCCCUUCUGUGAAGUGCUUUACCACAGCAAGUAUCCAGGGAAAGGAGAUUUCAUUUGCCCUCUCCCAGCCACACAUGGAACGGCUGCUCUGCCUCAGAUCAGAUUUCCUGGCUGGCUCUGUUUCUGUACCCAUCAGCACCCAUCUGCCUUCAACCAGCAUGACCAGCAAGCUCCUGGGAACCAGCACUGUCCCUCAGUACAUCUGGCACAUGGGCUGAGGCCCUUUCUCCACCAGUACCAAACCAAUCCAACAGCAAUAAAAUGAAAUGGUGAGAUCCUACCCACACUUGUUUAUAGCUGGAGUUACCUAAAGGAUUUCAGUUUGACAAAUGAGAAAGAUGCCCACGCCAGUGCCAGCGAUGAGAACGCUGAGCGUGGCAACUGGUCGAACAAAGGCGACUACCUGCUCUCCAUGGUGGGCUAUGCUGUGGGCCUGGGCAACGUCUGGAGGUUCCCCUACCUCACCUACCAGAACGGCGGAGGUGCUUUCCUAAUCCCAUACACCCUGAUGUUGGCAUUAGCUGGCUUGCCCUUAUUUUUCAUGGAAUGUUCCCUUGGCCAGUUUGCCAGUCUAGGGCCAAUUUCUGUCUGGAGAAUAUUACCAUUGUUUCAAGGAGUGGGUGUUACGAUGGUCAUCAUCUCAACGUUUGUGACAAUCUACUACAACGUUAUCAUUGCUUAUGCACUCUACUACUUAUUUGCCUCAUUUCAAAAAGUGCUGCCAUGGUCUGAUUGCUUUUCCUGGGCAGAUGAGUUUUGCAGCAAAACACGAAUAGUAAGCGACUGCAAUACAACCAUAGAUGGAAAAAUCAUUAAUGUAAAUUACUCGUUCAUCACAAGCAACAAUCUCACAUGUCUGAAUGGCACCAUCAACUACAAACCAGUGCAGUUUCCCAGUGAGCAAUACUGGGAUAAAGUGGCUCUUCAGCGCUCGAGUGGGUUGGAUGAGACUGGUCACAUCGUGUGGUACCUGGCUCUCUGCCUCCUCCUGUCCUGGAUGAUUGUUGGAGCUGCGUUGUUUAAAGGAAUCAAAUCUUCUGGAAAGGUUGUCUACUUUACUGCUCUCUUCCCAUAUGUCAUCCUGCUCAUCUUGCUGGUGCGAGGUGCCACCCUGGAAGGUGCUCUGGAUGGCAUCGAAUACUAUAUUGGGAGACAGUCCAACAUCACCAAGCUGAUGGAAGCAGAGGUUUGGAAAGAUGCAGCCACCCAGAUAUUCUACUCCCUGUCUGUGGCCUGGGGUGGCCUUGUUGCUUUGUCUUCCUACAAUAAGUUCCACAACAACUGCUACUCGGAUGCCAUUUUAGUUUGUGUGAUCAACUGCCUCACUAGCAUAUUUGCUGGGUUUGCCAUAUUCUCCAUCUUGGGACACAUGGCAUUCGUGUCUGAGAGACAAGUCUCGGAGGUCGUGGACUCAGGAUUUGAUCUGGCAUUUGUAGCCUACCCAGAGGCUCUCUCCAAGUUACCAGUUUCUCCUCUGUGGUCCUUCUUGUUUUUCUUCAUGCUUCUGCUCUUGGGCCUUGACUCUCAGUUUGCCACCAUAGAAACACUUACAACCACCAUACAAGAUAUAUAUCCCAAAGUGAUGAAAAAGUUAAGAGUCCCUAUAACCCUGGGAGUGUGCAUAUUGCUCUUCCUUCUCGGUCUCAUCUGUGUUACUCAGGCAGGAAUUUACUGGGUUAACCUAAUAGAUCACUUUUGUGCUGGAUGGGGAAUCCUUAUUGCAGCUGUCCUGGAGAUUAUAGGCAUCGUCUACAUCUAUGGAGGAAACAGGUUCAUUGAAGACAUUGAAAUGAUGAUUGGAAAGAAGGGCUGUUUAUUCUGGCUGUGGUGGAGAAUAUGCUGGUUUUUCAUUACUCCUGUGCUGUUAAUGGCAAUUUUGGUUUGGUCUUUGGUCACAUUUUCACCUCCCACUUAUGGCUCAGUGUUAUAUCCAGCCUGGGGAACUGCUGUUGGCUGGUGCAUGAUUAUCUUCUGUGUCAUCUGGAUUCCCAUCGUCGCUAUUUUUAAAAUAAUUAAAGCUGAAGGAAACCUUUGUCAGCGCAUUUUAAGCUGCUGCAGACCUGCUGCAAACUGGGGUCCCUACCUGGAAUGUCACCGAGGAGAAAGAUACAGCCAUGUUGUGGAUCCCAAAAAGGAGAAGGAACAUGAGAUUCCUACUGUGUCUGGCUUUGUAUACACCCAGCAAUGAGAUGGCCUGUUGGAUGACAGUUUUUUUUAACGUCUCUUUUAUUUUUUUUCUUUAACUAUUAGAAAGUGACAAUGAAAAGAAUAACAAAACCAAAUCAGCCCUCUGCCCUUCAGAACCCAGGCCCCAGAUGAAGCGAGCCAUGUUAUUUAUUUUUAGCGUUGUACGUUUGGGGAGGAACAGGUAAAUUAGACACUGAGAUCUCCCCAGAUUCUUAGGUUUGAACGGGCAGGAAAAUGCAUUGCAGGCUCCCCAGGCUGAUGGACUGGGCAUGCUUAACCCCAUCCAACCAGUAUCCAUGCAGGUCUGGGUGUGGAAGAGGAGAAAGACACAUCCUGGUGCUCCUCAGCUACCAGGUGCUGUGCUUGCAGGUCCCCAUGUCCUACAGGCAGAUCCUUCCAUCUGCUGUGCUUUGCCACCCACAAGUGGGGUGCAGUCAGCAGGGAGGUGGAUGGCUGUGCUGCUGCCUGGCACCACAGCUCAGGGAACAGGAAUAAUUUUUCUCUGUCCAAGUCUUGCUCAGUGCUGUGAGGCUGCUCAGGAUUCGAUGUUGAUUACAGUGUGUGUUUGUUGUGUCUCUGCACCUCAAUGCUGAGUGGCAAAAAAAAAAUGCCAUCAAGGCAAUUGGCAAAUGAGGCCUUAACAUGGUCUUUCUAUUUCUCAUUAUUCCUCUUGGGAUCCUCCAAAGAGCCAUCUUCUGUGUCAUGCCCCAUGCUCAGCAUUCAUCUGUCUGGAAUUCAAAAAUCCCAUGUUUCCAUAUUCUGGCUUUUGGCUCUGCAGAAUGAAAUAGUAACCAUUGAUUUCUGGUGCUUUUUCCUACACCCACCAAGACUUCACCUGUUGGUUUGUUCUCUGCAUCGUUCACUCAGGCUUGGGUUCUCCUUUCCAAAGGAGAAUCUUUUUAAAAGAUCAAAACAGUGUUAUCAGGGUUCUGGUUGAGCUAAAAGAAGACAAUCAUUACCCCAAUCAAAGGUUAGAGCUGCCUGGUAGCACAUUAUUCCAAAAUUUGCUGAAAUCCUGGAAUUAUUGAAAAAUUAGGAAGUUUGUAAUGCAUUUGGGAAUGCAGAUUCAUGCUUCCACCUAGGAACUAGUGGGUUGGGUUAAGGAUACCUGACCACUUGUAAAACAAGUCAAUUCCUGAUAAAGAAAAGAAAGACCUGUGGAUUGAAUGGAUACAUUUUGUGUGCUGAGGAUUGUCUCUCUCACUGUGAUAAUGGUUCCUUGGGAACAAUGCAGCAGGGUUUUUAGCUGUCACUUCCUCUCAGGGCUUUGUCACUGCUUCUGGACAUGAAGGAGUGUGGGUAGUGGCUUGUUGCCCAAGCUGCAUACCUUGGUGUAUAUUUUAUACUGCUGUUUUUGUGACAAAUCAACACUAUGGCAAAUAAAAUGUGAUGUUCUGUUUGUAA